CCUCUUGCUGUCAACCUCAGCCCUGUUUACUCUUUAACACACACACACACACACACACACACACACACACACACACAUGUGGUUCUGAAGACCUCAGGACGUCUGAUCAGUUUUUCUCGUGUUUAUUUGAAUACGAUGUCUGCAUUUUUGCGCCCGAUAUGUCGAGUGGAUCUUCUUCUUCGCCGGACCCUGAGCUGGUCUCCGAGACAAAUCAGCCGCCAGAAAAGUCCAGAGUCUUCAGAGUCUCCUCGAGUCCUGAUCACGGGAGGCCUCGGGCAGCUUGGGGUCGGACUGGCACAAAUGCUAAGGCAGCAGUUUGGCAGAGAAAACGUGAUCCUGUCUGAUAUCAGGAAGCCUCCAGCUGAAGUGUUCGACAUGGGUCCCUUCAUCUAUGCUGAUGUUCUGGACUAUAAGAACCUGCGGGAGCUGGUGGUGAACAACGCCAUCACCUGGCUGGUGCAUUACAGUGCAAUGCUGAGUGCUGUGGGGGAGAGGAACAUCCAACUGUCCAGAGCCAUCAACAUCACAGGACUGCAUAACGUUUUAGACCUGGCUCUGGAGAACUCCAUGCGUCUCUUCGUCCCAAGCACCAUUGGAGCCUUUGGCCCCUCCUCUCCCAGAGACCCCGCCCCUGAUCUCUGCAUCCAGAGGCCUCGCACCAUUUACGGCGUCUCCAAAGUUCACGCUGAGCUCAUGGGCGAGUAUCUCCACCAUAAAUAUGGUUUGGAUUUCCGCUGUCUGCGUUAUCCUGGAGUUAUCUCUGCCUACACACACCUUGGUGGAGGCACCACAGACUACGCAGUGCAGAUUUUUCAGGAUGCUCUCAGCACCGGACGCUAUGAGUGCUACCUGCACCCUCAGACACGCCUCCCCAUGAUGCACAUCUCUGACUGCCACCGGGCCACUGUGGAGUUCAUGCAGGCUCCUGAAUAUCAGCUCAAUCUGCGUACCUACAACAUCGCUGCCGUUAGCUUCACACCUGAGGAGGUCGUGGAGGAGAUCCGCAAACACCUUCCUCACCUCAGGGUUAUCUACAAACCCGACCCUGUCCGCCAGAACAUCGCAGACAGCUGGCCGUUGCGCUUCGACGACUCUAACGCUCGGAGAGAUUGGGGCUGGGAGCCGGCGUUUGGUCUUCCUGAGAUCGUCUCAGACAUGCUGAGUCGCUACACGAGCGGGAAAGUGAGUGCAGACGCAGGCGUUAGCUAGUGGCCUCGUCACACCACGUCACAACACUGGAGAGUUUUAUUCCGUAUACAUACAUAAUGCAGGGAUCUGCUCAGCGUCAACACUUACAGCUCGUAGCUUCAGAACCAAAAUCUGCCGCCUUUCUGGGAUGAGGAAGAAACAGAACUUGGGACUGGUGUCAUAUGGUGCAUUACCUGCUAAAUGUUAUUAUAUUUAUAUAUUCUACAGAUUUUUUGAGGAGUUUAGAAAAAUCCAAACCGGCACGUGGAUGUUCCUUUCAUUUCUAUGAAACAAACUCGGUAAUGUGAUGUUCUGAAGAUUUCCGUUUACCAUCAAAUCUAUAAAGAUUUUCCAGAUGUUCCACAUUAUUUUUAUUAAAAAAUCCUCCUUUAGCAUGAAGAACAGUUUUACACACUUUCAGCAUCUGGACACUUCGUUUCUCCAAACAUUCAGCUAAAAAAUACUUUGUCUGUCUCUUGUA